CAAAGAGUAAGAUUAGAAGAUGUGUUGUCUGAUGUAAUGUCGGCACCGCGCCAGGAACGAUGCAGUCAAGCUCGGCUACAGAUUGUACUGGUUUGUCCAAUAUUUUUGGAUCGGGUGCUCGCACAUUCUGGUCGUUCCGAUUGUCUAAGCGCAUUGCUGCAAACCAAUCGUAUGUUGGCUUUAUUGGUUGGUGUUGCAGAUUCAGACGUAACAGAACAACACAAGACUGUAAUGGUAGACUAUGAUACGUGGAGAAAAAUGGCCGUGAAAGAUCAAGAUCGAGAAUCUGUUGGCGACUUUUACGGAGUGUCKAUGGAUAUUCUCAGCAAAUCGAUGCAUGUCCAACAGGCGAUUAGUGUGCCCGAAGAGGAUACGAAAUUCUCCAUUACUCCCAAAAAGAUAAAAAUUGGCCAAAACAAACUCAUCGUUUUAUUAUCAGAACCGUUAGUGUCGGAGGACAAUGUCGUAAUCACCGUAGAUAAAAACGGGCACAAAAUAGAAGUGACGAACGUGACGAGAAGAAAUCCGUAUACGCUACAAUUUAAAAUGCCAUUGAGUUGUUUGCAAGUAUCUGUCUUGGUAAACGUUAUCGUCGAAAAAAAUGGCCAGCCGCUUGGUCAACGUUCAGUGAAGUGCGAGAGUCGCAUGAGAGAAUUAGAUCAAUUGAUCCGUUCGUUGGACAAUCCGUUGAAUUUUUUGUGUCAAACGUUUGGCUUGAAUCCCGUCGAUAGAGAGCAAUUAGAUUUGUUUUUGGUCACGGCUUAUGUGAAGAAUGUUCCACCCAAUUUCCAUCUCCUUCAACCAGCUGGAUCUCGAUUCCAGUACUGUCACGAGGAAUACCCAACCAUGUUGCACUUCGCCGCCAAACACGGGCUAGAGAAAUUGUCGUGGCACUUGCUGGAAAGUCCGGGCGGCGAACAGGCGUGCCAACUGCGGAACUCGUCGCAGUUGACGCCCGCGGACGUGGCCGAGGCGUCCAACCACCAGAAGCUCGCCCAGGCACUGCGGGCGUACGUGCAGAUGACUGAGCUGACUAGCAUGUAUAGCAUACUCAAAGGCAUAUCGGACGGACACCACCCGCAGCCGGCUGGCGACGACCCGGACGCCAACUAUAUGCUACCGCGACCCCUCAACGACAGCUACCUGGUGCCGCCCGCGCCCAGGCCGGUGCAGGCCGAACAGCCGCAGCAGAACCACUGUUACACGAACGUGGGUUCGCCGCUCACGUCCAACGCGACCAUGUUCAACUACCAGAUACCGCCGCCACCGCAGUCYAUUUUCGCCACCAACUACCAGGUGCCCACCAACGGUCGGCCGUACAGUCCGGCGAGUGGCGCGUGGUCUCCCACCCAUCCAGUGGUGCCUUCUUCGCCUGUCGACCCAGUUCCUUCUCCGUUGGGUUACUUGGAAAUGAGUUCUUCCAGUCUAGGAUCCGCCAAUUAUUUGCGAGGAAACCUAUCAUUCAAUGACAGUGUCAUUAACAAAUCAGCUGGAAACAAACCAAACGAUUUCUCGAUACCUAGCUCUCGUGGCAGUAAUCAAAUGUUGUCUACACCUCAAGAUGAGCUAUUGGAAAUCAUACACGAUUUCAAAAAUAACGUUCUAACUAUAAACGAGGUAGAAAAUCUAGUCGAAACGUGGAAAAACCGAAAUGAUGUGCAACAGUCUUUCAAAGAAAAACAGGAGCAAYUAAAUCAAAUGAGAGUCGAAUAUGAUCGAAUCCAACAACGCAUGAAAGAUCAAUUAAAACGACCUACCCCUUUCGAUCGUAUCAAAAAAUUCUUUGGCAAAAACAAAUCGAAACAUUCUGAAAUUCCACACGAAAACUUGACGAAAAGAAGUGGUUCAGAAAAUCAUUCUAAAAGACCAUCCAGUAGUCUYAGUCUACAAAGCUCGAGCAGUUCUACUUCUUGUGGUCGAUCGAGUACUGUGAGCACUAGCAGCGUGAAUGACAACCAUGCAACCCAACAAGAAAAUUUGGAUGAUGGAAAGCCUCUGAAGUCGUCUUUCUCGUACUUCGAUCAGCCACAUUCGUUCUCAACGUUCCUGCAGCAGGGUAACAAAACGACUGCCGACUUCGCGGGUCACGAUUACGGCAACGUGGUGUACUCGCCCGUGGGCUCCGCGACCGCCGAGACCAUCAUGGAAGAAGAAAUCGAAAUGCCGUCCUGUAACGCUUCCCAGGCCCUCGGCGCGUCGGCCAUCCGGUGCAUGACCGGAAUCGCGUGUACGAUCGCCACUUCACCCACAGACGUCGACAAGUCCGAACACGACGAGGCAGCCGGAUUCGAGCAGUCUUUCGGCAGCCGCGGUGACGGUGGCAGCUCCGUCAGCGGUGCGAAUUUCGAAGACGUCGAAGACAAGGUGCAGAGGUUGUUCGACAACAUGCCAGAAUACACGAAUGUCACGGUUACCGACCGGAACUCCCGAAAAUACACGCCGUUACAGACGUGAACGGCAAAAAAAUAAAACUGUGUACAGUCGAUCGCCAYCGAAUUUAUAUCGAAUCUUUCCGCAUAAAAACUAACAGUUAUAUACUAUACCGUUGAUGCGUAUAAGAUAAUAAGACAAUAUAUUUGUUAUAUUAUAAUAAUACAUAUUUUUAGUUGUGUACGACGAGUACGAUUUCCAGAAUCAAUGUCGACGGCAUGAUAAUAUUAUUUUCUAGCCACUCGAAGUCUAUGUAAAAUAAUAUAAUACAUGUAAUAGGCUAAUCUAUAUACAAUAUAAGUGCGUCGUUUAAAUAACUUUUUACGAUACGUUUACGUAACGGACUGGAUAGUGAUAAUAUAUAUUAUUAAAUAUUUUUAUACUGGUGACUAAGAUUAAUAAAAUAUAAUUAGUUCUAAAAUGAAAAGUGUUAAUAAGCGUAUGAUACACCGAGUAUAUGAACCUCGCUAGAAUAUGUACGCGUUUAAUAAACAAAAUAGUGUACUUUUGAAAUUUGAACGGUUUAAUUCGUUUUAUUUAUGAAACUAUGAUAUU